CUUCGAGGUUGCCCCCCAACAUGAUUCCGGGAUUAUUUUUUGUACCAGCCUCGCAGCCUUGCCAAUCGCAUCGACUGUUGGAGAUGAGUGUGGCAGCCUUUCUCGCGGCACUCUUUUUGUUCCUCCGAGACUUUUUCCCUCUCUAGUUUUUUCCCUCCACAUUGCCACUACCAGAUCAGCUGAGAUCUCACUUUCGAUUCAGUGACUGGCUUUAAGUAGAGAGGCAGCCCAGCUGGACCUCUUCUUUGUAGGCUCUUCUUGGCACUCGGUGAUCGACACUGAGCUCUCGUGAUCCCAGCCCAUGAGCACAGCUGCACAGGCAAACCAUAGUCCAUAGGGCUAGACGCCUAGACCGCUAGAGGCAGCCUCCUUCAGUUCAGAGACGAGCGCAGGGUGCUAGCGCUGAAGCCUCACUGCCUGAAACCGGAAGAUCGACGUCCGAUCGCAUACGACGACGCGAGCGCCUAGCUCGAGCAGCCAUGAGCGGGUCCGGGCAGAGGUCGCGGCCGUGGCCAGGGGACCCCGCGUCCACGCCGUCAGAGCCAGCCGCCGCGGUGGCCGCGGCCGCGGACGCGAGAGGCGAGGCGUCCACGCUCAGGGACUUCGGCACGUCCAUGGACGCCAUCUCCUUCGGGUUCGCGGCCACGGCCAUCCUCAUCUCCCUCUUCCUCCUCAUGGCCAUCUUCGAGCACCUCAUCAAGCCCCGGGCCUUCCCGCCGGACUCCCCCGACGCCGGCAGGCCCCGCGCCGUCCGCCACCGGCACGGCCGCUCGCCCGGCAAGCUCCGGAGCCCGCCCAUGCACUGCUCGUCUUUCCAUCUCCAUUCGCUGCACGCCUUGCCGGUGACGGCAGGCCAUAGGCGCGACGAUGCAGGCGGCGGCCGCAGCCACAACGGGUUUCACGGACCACGAGAAGCGCCAUCGACGCGAGCUCGCCGCCCCCGUCCCCACCUCCGUGAGCCUAGCAGCGGUGGAGCACGCUGAGGCGGAGAAGAUCGCGAACAGCUAGGCCAAGUCCAAUCACCUGGAGAACGCCAAGGCCAUCUGUGUUCUUCCUUCCAGUACGAUAAAUCGAAACGGCGGGUGCUCGGAGGCAGCCUGGUUAGAUGAGAUCCAAUUAUAGAUGAGGCGUGUCGAAUCAAAUCGGAGUACAAUCAGGAGGUUAGCGACAAGGGCGACGGGUAGAGACAAGCAGGGCGGCGAGGCUGACGGGGGGAAUUCCCUGACGGGGUGGCCGUGGAGCUGGGCGGAGGCGUCGGAAGCCAGCGUCGCCUGUUCUUAUGCGUGAAAUGAAAGGGGCAAAAAUGGAAAACUGGAUACGGGAUAAACUCCAGCGUCAAAUAUUUCGACUCCUUUCUCUUUCAACUUGCGAGCGUCAAAUAAAACGAUACGGAGGAGUACCAUGCAGUGCGCGUGCACGCUACUUUCUGGGCUGCCAUCUCGGCAUGGUCUGGCUGUUUCUGAUGUAAAAAUCUUUGGCGUGAUA